UGUACAUUGAACCAUAAUGGAAAAUGAUGCCCUCUAAUAUAGUAGAAGUUUACUUAAUUGUCUUCUCCAGAAAAAUUAAACAAGAAAAGACUUGAGGCUGUUCUUAUCAGGCUGGCGCAAGCAAUUUGGAAAUUUAACUUUUUCUGAACUGAAAACCAUCAACCCAACACUUUUAAUUUCCUCUCUACAGUGGGUCAGUCGCAUCUGGUUUUGAAGGAAUGGAUCCGGAUACGCCCAGUGAAGAGGAAGAAAAUGAGGUACCCAAUGGAAGUCAAGAAAAUGAGGAAGAAGAUGCCGAUGAAGAUGAUGCUUUCAAUCCUAAUCCACCUUCUCCUCCUCAAGUAGAAUCAGCAAAGGACUCUGAUGAUGCUCUCAAUCCUAAUCCACCUUCUCCUCCUCAAGUAGAAUCAGCAAAGGACUCUGAUGAUGCUCUCAAUCCUAAUCCACCUUCUCCUCCUCAAGUAGAAUCAGCAAAGGACUCUGAUGAUGCUGCCGAAGUUGUGUCAUUGAUCAAGGAGCAACUAUCCAGGUUUUCUCGCGAUAGUCUCAACUAUGGUACGAUUUGUAUCUCCAAAGUACCUGAGAAAUAUCGUAGCCAGAAUCAAGAAGCUUAUACGCCUCGAUUGGUCUCAAUAGGUUUCAUCCAUCAUGGUCGAAUCGAGCUUCAAGGUAUGCAAGAGUACAAGCUGAAAUAUCUUUACGAUUUUUUACACACCUUGCGACUUUCUGAGGAAGAUUUAGCUGCACAUGUUCAUAGUGAAGUGAAGCGUGUCUGUGAUUGUUAUCAAGAGUUUUACAUCAAAAAAGUCUCAAAACAAUCCGAGAAAAAGAUACUCUCUCAGAUUAUUUUGCUGGAUGGAAUUUUUAUCAUUGUGCUUUUCUUGAAAAACCAUUUCCCUGGAAUGAGGGAGAAGGGAGAUGUAAUCUUUGGGAACCCUCAGGUAUCCAAUGAUAUAUUACAUGACCUGCUCCUGUUUGAGAACCAACUUCCUCUUAGAUUCCUAACCACAUUGUUCAGCAAAUUCGUCACCGGUAAAGUGAAAAAAUACCUAGAUGAUGAUGCUAUCUGUCCUCCAUCUUUCAAUGAACUGGCACAAAAGUACUUCAAGAAUGUUGGAAAUACAGGAAAACUAUUGCUCUCAGGUGAGCUUCGCCACGCGAAGCAUUUAAUCGAGUUCUUAUCCAUCAUACAUACACAAGGGAAAGCUCAAGUUGUGUCUGAAGAAACUAGGAGGAGGAAAUCGGAUUUCGCCCGAUGCCCUAAUGCAACAGAGUUGCAAGCAGCAGGGGUCAGGUUCCAACAGGGCAAAGAAACAGAAUGCCUUUUAAAUGUUGAGUUUGACAAACAAAAGGGAGUGUUGACAAUGCCACCACUAAAUGUAAACGAUUCCACUGAGACAUUUUUCAGGAAUAUAGUAGCUUUCGAGCAAUCUGGAUUUCAUUCCAAGGAUAUAACGAGCUACAUUAUCAUGCUGGACAACUUGAUAGAUACUCCUAAAGAUGUCGAUAUUCUCAUGAAAUCGAAAAUCAUCAAGAAUGAUUUUGGUGACAAUCAUCAAGUGGCACACCUUUUCAACAACCUUUACAAGGAAUUCGUGAAAGAUCCAAGGGAGUUUCGCUACGUUGAUCAAUGCCAUCACCUGAAUGAGUACAGCAGGAACAGGGUGCGCAAGUGGCACGCGAAAAGCGUGAGGUGGUUCACGAUGUUGGGACGCGAUUAUUUUGGGAAUCCAUGGUCGAUCAUCUCCCUCGUUGCUGCAAUUAUAUUGCUCGGUCUCACCAUCGCGCAAACCGUGUUAUCAGCGCUUCAAUUGAAACAGAGCUGAUGUAGUUGCACAUUCAAACAAAUAUUGUAGCACAAGAAUGUUAUAAGUCAGUCAGUGGAGUUGUGUUUCUUUUAAGCUUUUAAGACCUUUUUCCGCAGAUGGAAAUAGUGAUUGUUGUUUCACUGAUUCUAUAGACACAUUUAUAUUGCUUUGUUUGUUACGAUCAGGAUCUAAUUGAUGAACCGUUUUGAGUAACAUUUUUGCGUUCAAACUUUAUCUAAUUGUUGUUUAGUUCAAACUUUACACAAAGCCUAUAUGUGUAUAUGCAAUAUACUGAGAAUAAAAUCC